CCCAAAAAAAAUCAGAGAAAGACAACUCGCGAUGCACAGAUAAGGCUAGUGCAGUGCGGUGCCACUCGCCAGAGUUAGCCAUGGCUUUCGGCGCUCCAACUGCCGCCGCUCCUCAUGGUCACGCCACUGUGGCUCCUCCGACGAGCUCAUCAUGGAAGCACGCCACCACCUUAUUCAGCUCGUCCAAGCUAAGUGGCGGCAUCGGUGGCCAGAGGGCACGGCUAGUGACCGCAGUGCACGCACUGGCUCCGGCGACGUCGGUGCCGGCGCCCUUCCCUCCUCCGAACGCGGAGUACCUGGCCGCCGAGUUCUCCGGCCACGGCGUCACCUUCGAGGCCGUGGGCGACAGCUGCGUCGUGAAGAUGCUGGUGCGGAACGGCAGCGCGGCGCACCUGCUGCUGCCGAGCGGGCUCGUCACGUCCUACAAGCCGGCCAUGUGGCACGGCGCCUCCAUGGAGGUGCUCCACACCACCGUCGGCGAGGGGCCCGGCGGGAUGCCCGUCAUCCGGGGCGGCGUCUCCGUGGACCUCCGCUGCGCGCGCGGCGUCAGCGGGGACGCGCCGCCGUCGACGUGGUCGCCGGGCGGGGCGUGGUCGCUCCGCGACGUCAGGGGAGGACCCACGGGCUCCAUCGAGGUGGAGCUCGUGUCCGUGGAGCCGCCCGGGAACGGGGCGGCGGAGGCGAGGUGCGUGGUGACGCUGAGCCCGGACGCGCUGGCGUCGGAGCUCACGGUGACGAACGCCGCGUCGUCGUCGUCGCCCGUGGCGCUGUCGGGCGCCGUGUCGAACCACCUCCGCGUGAGCACGCCGGACGCCACCUACGCCGUGGGGCUGCAGGGCUCCGACUACCGCAGCAGGGAGCCCAUCGUGUCGGAGUUCAGCAUCCUGCUCCCGGACAGCGCGCGGCUCCAGCAGCCGCACUGGGCCAAGAGGAUCGACAUGUUCCUCUCCGGCGAAGGCGCGGCAGCGGUGGCGCAGGAACCGGACGGCGAGGAGGACGAUGACUUCAAGCACCUGACGGCCGAGAUGUGCCGGAUUUACAGCCACGCGCCAAGAGAUUUCACCGUCAUCGACAGGGGCAGGAGGAACUCGGUGUGCUUGAGCAGGAGAGGGUUCGAGGAGCUGUACGUCUUCAGCCCAGGAUCCAAGCACGAGUGGUACGGGAAGUAUGCGUACGUGUGCAUCGGCCCUGCCAUGCUCAAGCCCGUGGUGCUGGCGCCGGGAGCUACAUGGCAAGGGGCUCAAUGCAUUCGCAAUCCAAACCUGUAGACAUAGGCUGCUGCUGCUGGAAGAUGAUGAUGACCUUGUUUAGAUUUGUCACACCAACGUCUGUACAUAUACUGCUCGUGAGCAGGAAAAUACAUAUGAAACAGUGAAACAAUAAGGCUGCAGAUCCGAGAUAA